AUGCACAACAAGCACUUGGGCUAUGUGGCCCUUCUGUGUGCUCCACUGGCAAAUGUAGUGUUUUCUGUUGGCCUCCUCUGCAAUUAUUGCAAUUUGAGAAAUCUCCAUCUGACUCCCACAAUCACUGAGGCACCUUGUGAUCAAACCGAGCAACAUGUUAUACUUCCACAAUACUACAAGCCCCUGAACUGUGAUCAGUGUGGCACUGGUGGCAGUUUACAUUGGACAGGUGUAACCGCAUCUUACGGCUGUGGUACGUUUCGGCACCAGUCGGCAUGUAACAAUCCCAACUACUGCAGUGCAAAUGUUAUGGUCCGGCAAUACAAGUGUGAAGCUAUUCAAAUCACAGGUUUCCCAUUCAACUGA